CUGGGUUCCUCGGGCCGAGGCCCCGGCGGCUGCGGCAGACCGGUGGGGUGGGCAGGAGGAGGCUCGGAGGGCGCGGGCGCCCUGUGCGCGGAGCGGGCGUGAGGCAGCCGGGCUCCGGGACGCCAUGUCCAUGGAGGACCCCUUCUUUGUGGUGAAAGGAGAGGUACAGAAAGCAGUCAACACCGCCCAGGGAUUAUUUCAGAGAUGGACAGAGCUCCUCCAGGACCCCUCUACGGCAACGAGGGAGGAAAUCGACUGGACCACCAAUGAGCUGAGGAACAACCUCCGGAGCAUAGAGUGGGAUCUCGAGGACCUUGACGAGACCAUCAGCAUAGUUGAAGCAAAUCCUAGAAAAUUCAACCUCGAUGCAACUGAAUUGAGUAUAAGAAAAACCUUCAUCACAAGUACUCGGCAAGUUGUCAGGGACAUGAAGGAUCAGAUGUCGGCUUCAUCUGUGCAGGCAUUAGCGGAAAGAAAAAAUAGACAGGCACUCCUUGGGGACAGUGGUGGCCAGAACUGGAGCACGGGAACGACAGACAAAUACGGGCGCCUCGACCGCGAGCUCCAGUUAGCCAACUCCCAUUUCAUCGAGGAGCAGCAGGUGCAGCAACAGUUGAUCGUGGAACAGCAGGAUGAGCAGUUGGAGCUGGUCUCUGGCAGCAUCGGGGUGCUGAAGAACAUGUCCCAGCGCAUUGGAGGGGAGCUGGAGGAGCAGGCCGUUAUGCUGGAUGACUUUUCUCAUGAGUUGGAGAGCACUCAGUCUCGGCUGGACAAUGUGAUGAAGAAACUUGCAAAAGUAUCUCACAUGACCAGUGAUCGGCGCCAGUGGUGUGCCAUCGCCAUCCUCUUCGUGGUCCUGCUGGUCGUGCUGGUCUUCUUCUUAGUGCUGUGACGGUGGCCCCGCGCGGCUCCUGCGCACGGACCCCGGGGGAGGCGGGCAGCAGCGCCCCGCGUUGCCGUCUCCUCACACUCCUGUCUGGAAAACACAGCCUGCACUGACCUCCCUCCUCGCGACCCCGCCACGGAGACAGCGGCGCUGCCCCGGCGCUGCCCCGGCGCUGGCAGGGCGCUGGGAAGAGGAGGCGGACGACUGUGUGCGUCCGGCACCGCCUGUCCUGAGGACGGCUCGCCGCUGCUUUGCCUCCGGGGCCCGGGCCCCCAGGACAGCCUCUGAGGAAUCCAGGAAAGUUCGCGACUCAACUAGCGCUUGCUGUUGCUCAUUCCAUCCAUCUCUGGCCACUCCUUCCCCCGCCCAGACAGCACACCUGUGCCCUCCGGGACCGCGAUGGCCGCACCGGCUCCCGGGCGGGUCUCCUCUCCCGUGGCGCCAGCGGCCCCGCGGCCCGUGGCCCCCCCCCCGAGCUGGUUGCUAUUGGGGACACAAGGCCCAGAAGCAGUUUGUGACAGAAAACGCAGUGGUCCAUUUUUCAGGGAUAAGUGCUGGGAUAAAAUUGCUUUUCCAGGCUCAUUAUUCUGUGGUAGAAACAACUAAUGGAAAAUAAUGGAAAGCACAAGGCUUUGGGGGUGCCGACAGCUGGUGGCCUGAACCAAAAGGAGGAGGGGGCAGCGGGACCCAGGGUUUGCACAGCUGAGGGGAGGGUGGACGAGGUUACUGGAGGCCAGAGCUUUGCCAGAUUCGUGUCACUACCCUGGGGCUGCUUGUGUUUCUAGGACGCCCCUUACCUGUACGGCUGCUGCGCAGCUCAGCCGCUCGCUUGGAUGGUCUGGACCCAGGGCCGGUCUGGCGGCCGGUCAGGUCAUUGCUGUGGCACUCUGCGUGGGGGGGAGGGGCGGUUAGUACACUGGCAGGUACAGCGGCACUCACUCAGAAACCGUAAUGACCAAAAAGGCUAGUUCUGGACCAGAUUUCUCUUGACCUGGGAGGAAUGGCAAGAAUGGCUGUAGGUUAACUUGGGUGGGGUUUUUUCCCCCCUGAGAUGACACCUCAGUUUUUUUUAUUACCCAUUCAAAUAACUGAGCCAAUUCAAAUCUGAAGAACGGAUGUUUUAAUUGAGUUUUAGUAGCUGAAACUGCUGAGAUGCUAAACUUCAAGCUUCCGAUGACUUCUUAAACGCCUCCAGCGUCCUGGUGUCUGUAGGAUAUUUUUAUCACCUCCCCGAUGCCGUCACCGGUAUAGAGCGCCAGCCGACCCGGAGCCUGGCGGCAGAGGCCACGCUCUCCCCACCACCUUCUGCACUUGGAAAGCACGGCAACGUCUGGAUAGAGCUCUAGCUUUGACUUCCUGUUUCCUCAUUUUAUUGGGGCCCAUUCCUCGGCACAUUUUUUUUUUUCCUUUUUCCCUUUUUUCAUGUUUUGUCUGUAUUUCUUGGGGGUAUUUUUGCUUAUUUGCUUUGGGCUUUUCCCCCCCUUUUUUGUGAUUUGCAAUGAUGUACUUGCCCAGCUGACUUAUGAAUUGCACUUUUUAAUAAAUAUUUGUAACAGUUUUUUAAAGAAGGGUAUUUUCUCAUGGUUAGGAUCACGGUAGGUAAGGAAAUCUGCCUCUUGCUGAAAGCUAAAAGCAGAUUUUUAAAACUAAAAGGAUGGCUGACAUCCACGUUUACACUCUAUUUGAUAUAUAAAUAAGUUAUUUUUUUCAUAUUAGCAAAAAAUCCCACAAGAUUACUACAAAGGGCUUCAGACAUAGGCUACUACAUUAUUUGUUUUAUAAGUUUUGAGACUCAUUCAAAUAGUUUUCUCUAAACUUAGAACAGGGAUGGUCCUUAGAUUUGCAUUAAAAUGAACAGGUCUUUGUCCACUGUACAUGGGGACCUUGUCUCAGUACUGUAAUCCACACUCCGCGCUACAAGAGCGGCUGGCAGCCUAAUGACCUGUAUGAUCAUGCCAUCCAAAAGCCGUGCUCUUCUCCUGCUAAUACCAGGUUUACUGUGCCCCGCACCACUGUCACGGGUGUCCUUGGGGCCUGUCGGGAGCGUGCCUGGUCAUUAAUGGGCAAGAUGCUUCCUGAGGUCGGCGGGCCAAGUGUUGUGACCCGGGUAAUUACUAAAUGUCGGGAGAGAUUUGGAAUUGGCGCGAGGACCUCACUUGAUUUCAAAUGUUUGCUAAGCAGUGGCUAUUGAAGACCAGACUCCCGCUGAAGCUGGCCAGGGAGGGAGUUCCUUAGGAGGAGAAAGUUUACUUCAAGAUGCGAGCAGUGCCUGCGUUCCCCCGCGGGCGCCCCAUCUCUGCGCCUCGCAGGAACCGCUCUUGGACCUGCAGCCCCUUACCGUGAUCGUCCGCGUUGGCUCUGCCCCCAGCAGAGCUUCCGGCCCCGCCAGCGUGAUCCUGGGUCUGACCCUGUUGUGCCCGAACUGGGCAUCGCUGCAGAUGUCUCCGCUCAGAAUGCAAACGGGGCAGCCCGAGGGAACAAGCCAGGGGCUUAGGUUGAUUUUUGAGGACAAUUGUUUAUUCAUCAGCGAUCCUAACACUGCCGAGCUUUUUGGGGGGGCACCUGCGUGGUCCCCGUGCCUGUAAAACGGGGAGAGAAGUAGACCCCGGUGACCCUCUGCCCUGCUCAGAGGCACAUGCUGUAGCGUGCGGGCUUCUCCCCACAGCCUCGGCGCCCCCACACAUGUCAUUUCUAAGGAACUGGCGGGAUGUGAUGGAUACAAGAGAGCUCGGCUUACAUUUAUCGGUUUUUUUGGAAGAAGGUUUUUCUAAUCAGCUGAUUUGGGGGGACAGGUGGGAAUGAAGCAUCGAGAGAGUUUGCCAGAGUGGGGAUCCAGCUGGAAAACCAAAAUACCUUUCAUUUUCAGUCCCGAGUUUCCAUCUCGCCUUUGUGCGGACCGCGCGCCCCGGCGCUCCGGGGGCCCGCUGCGGGGGGCCGCUGGGAGUCGCAGCCGCGUGUGCCGCAUGAGGAUCCUCACGCCAGAGCCCAAGGGAGGAAACUUGGGAGCUUGCCCAUUAUCCUCCGCUUCUAGCCAGAGUUAAACAGACUGAUGGGUCUGGUAGCCAACCGCUUGGCAACUCCCACUCCUUCUCACCUCGUGAGAUUCGGGGCUGUGAAGAGAAAUCUAGUCUGACUGCAACAGAAAUCUGUCUCUGCGAAGUGUGGUACCUUCUGUGAGCGACGGUGGCAGAGCCAAGAUCUUUCUCUUGGUAAUUUCCCUGGCUAUAAAGUGAGACCGUUACCUUUCUAGAGAAUUCAUCGCGUUUGAGGAUCUGGGACCGGGGUGACACGCGGGAGCGGCUCUGAGGCGCGGCGGGCUCCGGCGCGCGGCUUCACCUCGGGCCGCGGGACGAACUCGGAAGCGGAACUGCCGCGGGCCCGCCGGAGAGCGGAAGUUGGAAGCCACGGCGUGCGCGACCCGCCCCUUUGUCUUCCUCUCGCGGGCAUUUCUUUCUCUCCCAGGUUUUUUUUUUUUUUUUUUGAAGAAUAACGUUUGUGAAAAGCAUGUUUUUUCACCAAGAGCAGAGAGAGGUGAAACCAGAGGGCUCGCAGACCUCCAGCCCCUCC